AUGACAACAACUACAACUGUAUCAACAACCACUACCACAACAACAACUACAGCUGCAUCAAUAAGCAGCACCCAAACAACAAACACAACUACGGCAGUGACGACAAUAAUAACAGCUAAUUCAUGUUCACCUUCAUGUAAUUCACAACAGACAUGUAUACAAAGUAUAUGUCUAAAUGUAGGACAUCUCGCAUGUGUUUUGGUAUGGUCUCGAUCAGGUGAUGGCGAUAUUGUAGUGACAACACCCAAUGGGAAAACCAUUAACUAUCAAAAUAUAGGUCCUUCAUCAAGUACUGAUCAAGGAAUAUUGGAUAGAGAUGAUACAAGUAGUACAGGACCGGAAAAUAUUUAUUGGCCAAGUAGUGGUUCUCUACCACCCACAGGAACUUACUACAUGUGCUUUGAAUCGUAUUCAUUCAGUCCAACUAUCAGCAGUAGUGAUCCACUCACGGUUACCUAUCAUACUGUACAUGCUUCUGGUGCUUUCUUCAAUUAUACACGAACAUUUACUUCAGUUUUAAGUGAUUCGUAUAACUGUGGUGCAACUUCAAGCACUCUUAUCGGUUCAUUCACUUAUCCAUAA